CCCUCAAAGCCAAGCGACGCGCCUAAGAGUGAUGACAUCAGAGUGCGUCUCCACUGCCGCCGCCAUGAACAGCGUAGGGGAGGGAUGCACCGACAUGAAGCGCGAGUAUGACCAGUGCUUCAAUCGCUGGUUUGCCGAGAAGUUCCUCAAGGGGGACAGUUCCGGCGACCCGUGCACCGACCUCUUCAAGCGCUACCAGCAGUGUGUUCAGAAAGCAAUAAAAGAGAAGGAGAUUCCUAUUGAAGGACUGGAGUUCAUGGGCCAUGGCAAAGAAAAGCCAGAAAGCUCUUCUUGACCUUGACAGCCACCUUGAAAAUGGACUCCUCAAAUAAGGAAAUUGAGCACUCUGGAUUUUGUGAAGGCUGUGAAGAUGGCCAUUGAUUUAACGAGUUUAGGAGGGAGUGCUUGUAUUUCCUCCUCCUCGAUGUUUUCUUCUCACUUGUAAAAGAUGAUGAACCAUCACUCUGCUUUGGGAUGAUUUCUCAUUUGCUCUGGCAUUGUGCAGGAACUCAAUGUGCUAAAACUGAAUUUCUUGGGAUUAUGGUUGCAAUAUUUCAUCUGGGAUCAGCUUUGAAUAUACCUUUUAUGUAAAUAAUGAUAAACAUGUCAGGAUGAUCACGAUUUCCUGACCUCGAGUUAUGCUGCGAAGAACAUUAGUAACACUGUACUGGGGUCACUGUUGAUGAAAGCAAUUGGUUAGAACCUCUUUUUUCUCUCAGGGAUCUAGUGCUCUGAAAAGGGAUCCCAGCACAGCAGUUUUAAUCAACGCUUUGGAGCAGUUUUAUUUUUAUAUAGUAACUUAACGGUUAAGCUUGCUGGUGGUCUCGGUAAGCCAAAAGGAAGCUUUUAACAGACAGUUCCUUGCCUUAACAAGAGGUGUCAGAUCUCAGAUUAAGAUGCGAAAACUUCAAGAAUGUUAGACUGAACACCAUAGUAUAGUUCAGUAGUUAAGAUCCUUGGGGUAUACUAUGGAGGAAGAUCCUAAAUUGCAAAGAUUUGCUGUUGCUAGCUUCCAACCCAAGUCAAUGAAUUAAACCAACAUGUAUAUCAUCAAAAUGCUGUAUCUGGUUAAAUGGGAGAAAAGAGUUUGCUAUUUGCCUUGUUUACCCACCUGUCCUGUAUUGUCUGUAAUCAUGACGAUGGAAUAAAUUGUUAACAUUUAGUUUUCAUCACUAUUUGCCGCUGGAACUCAGUGUACUUUAUAGAACUAGUAUUACCCUGUUACCCCACAUAUUCCACAUAUACACAGGGUAGAGUUUUCUAUGCUUUGUAAUUUAAAGGUGAAGAAAGUGAAGAUUUCUCUAAGCAAGGUAGUAUGGUAUAGCAAUUAGAAACCCCGCUGACUUCUAAAAUGUAUUUCUACAGUAGGCUACACAAUAUCUUUAAAUGUCUCAUGGCACAAAUGUCAGGAUCAGGUGAGCAUUUACAUACUUUAGAAUAUCAUCUAGUCCCCACAACUGCCUAUCUUGAGUAUUGGGUUCAAUUUAUUAUAUGUGCCCAAAGGUAGUAUGAAACUUGAUUUACAGAAAGCCUAAAUUCUAUCUUCUUUCCACUUUACUUAUUACUACUUCAUAUUUAAUGUGACCAGUCCUUAAUGUCAUUUGAAAACAUUCUGCAUUUAUAUUCUGACUGUUUAAGGUCCAUUCUGCAAGGAUUGUAAGAUAUUUGGAACCCAGCUGAAGGAGACCAGGCAGCAAGCUGAAGUUAAAUCUUGCCCCAAACUCAAACUGGCCACAAGCACAACAGCUCUAUAGGGAAGCACGGCCUGUGGUUAGAUCACAAAAUGGCAAAGAUAGCAUGGAUUCUUUUUUCCUUACUGUAAAUGGUUUUCAUAACGUGUUUCUAUCUGCCUCACCUUUGCAGUACCAGUUUACUAUAUGUGCUAACACCAAAACUUUAUAGCUUCUUGACUCUUACCACAGAACUGUCUGUUGAGCUUUGAGAAUAAAAUCUGCUCCAAGCCAACCAUGUUCUUU